AUGGCUGGCAGCAGAGGCAAAAGCGUUGAUGGAAACAGAGGCCAUGGCCUGAAUAGGGGCAGAACACCUCAAAUAGGAGCACUUUCAAAGCUCUGGUACCUCGAUCUCUCAAACAACAGGCUUAAUGAAUCCAUUCCAGAAGAUAUUGGGAGACUAACGAAUUUGGUUGCACUGGAUCUAUCCUACAAUAGCGUUUCAGGUUACAUCCCUUCCUCUCUGGGCAAGUUAACAAAAUUGGUCUCUCUCGACCUCUACCAUAAGCAAAUUAAAAGUGUCAUCCCUCCACAUUUGGGUAAUUUAUCCAACUUGAAAUUUUUAUAUCUUUCUGAAAAUAAAAUAAAUGGUUCCAUCCCUUCUGAAAUUGGAAAUAUGACGAAUCUAAUAGAGUUACAUCUUGAUUCCAACCACAUUUCCAAUUCCAUCCCUUCAUCUCUAUGCCAUUUGACCAACUUGGAAAGAUUGCACCUUGCCAGAAAUCUUUUACAUGGUUCCAUCCCUUUUGAAAUUGGAAAUAUGAUCACUCUAACAGAGUUACUUCUUGAUUCCAAUCACAUUUUCUAUUCUAUCCCUUCAUCUCUACUUCAUUUACCCAGUUUAUGGUAUCUAUCCAUGGCUUCGAAUCUUUUGGAAGGUCACAUACCCAAUGAAAUUGAGAGUUUGAAUGCUCUGGUAUACUUUGAUCUCGCAGACAACAAACUGAGUGGACCUAUUCCAACUCGGAUUGGUAAUUUGUCAAAUUUCGGAUCCUUAAUUUUGGCAAACAAUAACAUGAGUGGAAGGAUUCCCCUGCAAAUUGGUGGCUUAUCUCUAUACCAACUUGAUUUAAGCCAUAACAUCAUUAGUGGAGAUAUACCUUCUCCACUCAAUUCCCAAAACAUUGAUCUUAGCCAUAACCUUCUCCAAGGACUGAUACCUUCCCAGUUUGGGAGUUUAACUCAAUUAAGUCUUCUAGAUCUCAGUCGGAAUAAUCUAACGGGAAUGAUUCUUGAACUUCGAAUUUAUCCGAAGAGACUCAAUUUGUCAUUUAAUUCCCUGAGGGGUCCAAUUCUAUAUAGAUUAUUGCAUUUUGCACAUGAGACAUUUACAGGCAACAAGGAUUUAUGUGGUUCCAUUCAAGGCUUCCAUCCUUGCCCUUCAUCUCCAAAUGUAAACCGAGAAAGAAAUAGCAAAGUAGUGAAGCACAUUCUGCUUGUUGUUAUUCUGGUUCCAACUUUGUUAUUUUUUUUCUCAACUUUUGCAUUGGUGAUAUUCAUCUUUUGCCGACAAUAUAGAGCUACAGCUUUGAAACAUGAUCCAAGUCCAACCAAAAAUGGAGAUUUAUUCUCUAUUUGGAAUUUUGAUGGAAAGAUUGCAUUUGAAGACAUCUUCAAAGCAACAGAGGAUUUUGAUAUCAAAUAUUGCAUUGGAACUUCUAGUUAUGGAAGUUUCUACAGAGCAGUCUUACCAAGUGGCAAAGUUGUUGCUUUAAAAAAACUCCAUCGGUUAGAAGCUGAGCAGCCGACUUAUGAUACAAGUUUCCGAUGA